AUGUCGCAGAGGGUCACAAUGACCGUACUUUGUCAUACAGGCCCACGGACCACAUCUGCAAGCCUGACCCGUAUACGAGCAGACCGCCUGCAAGCUGAGAGAGAGCUCCAACUUCAAGCUCAAGAUCAACGUCACACACAGCAGGCUGCCCUCGCUGUGGAGGCUUCGCUGGAAGCUGGGUCGACUUUCGAUACAAUGGACCAGUUUUACGAUGGUGAAUCGUUGAUGCAGCGUUCAGACAGCAGUGAUGGCAACACGGACACAGACACGGAUACAGACACGGACACGGACAGCAACAGUAAUGAGGGCCAUUACUCAGUCGAAUCCCGGCUACUCUCUGCCUAUGCUAGGCUGCAGUUACAAAACAGCUCGUUGAAACACCGUAGUGACCAACGGACACGAGAAGCACGCUACACCAAUAUGCACGCUUCAUGGUGCUUGCAGCUGCCUGCACUGACAAAUGCGUAUCUCACUUGGAAGCAUAACAGUUCGCUCAAUGUCGCUCUAACUUCGGCUCACAAGUUCCAGGUCACAGCGGUGCAUGUCUUUGAACUAGACUACUUUCACGAUAUCACACAACAGCACGAAGAAGUCGCGAAUGUGUCUCUAUUGCACGUGGGUCUACUUGGCUGCUCUCCUACUGCACCGACUGUUGCAAUUAGCCUGCAAUGUCUUGAGCUCUAUCAUCAGCUUCGACGACAGCAAUCUUCAUUCAGCAUCCAGGCAUUCACAAAGGUCUUGUGCGCAAUACAUAAUGUCAAUUACGCGCAAACAUUCCGUGAUCAAUUUUCGAUCGCAUUCGAUAUCUAUCUCACAAUACUUCGUAGUGUUCGGUCUCAAGUGGACAUGGCACUCGGCCGCACAGAUCCUGACUGGCGCCUUCGACAUGGUUGUCCGCCGUGCACGUUUGAGCAACCUAAUGAAUGUCCGCUGUAUCCUGCCAGUCUCAAAGCAAUGGAUGGGAACAAUUCUGCGAAACGCAUGGCAAAUGCCGGCAGUGCCGACCUCCGCAUCUUUCCCAGCAGAUACAUGAUUCCCCCGGAUCAAGUUGACGUGUUCAAGGAUGACAUACGACUACGUCCUGCCGCUAACUCAACAGAGGAGAACACUGUCCGUGUUUUUGAACAGACUGGUAUCUUUCUCUCUGCGUGUCGACACGGAAUCAUUCAAACGGUCACUGAGAUGCGUUGCAGUGGCGAGCUUGCGAAAUAUCCUCUCGCUACUAUCAAUAAGCUUCUCGACGUCUUCGGUGACAAUCAAGCCAUUGGUAGUGAUAUCGGUUGCAGCUUAUCUAAGACAGUCGCCACCAGCUCUAUACGAGACAAAGCCUUCGAUCGUAAACUUUCGCUGUUGGUGAAUGCAUUCCACGGACACGCUCACAACCGCAAAUGCCAGCUGCAGUAUCACCCCAUGUACCUACGUGGCUUCGGACUUAAAGAUCUCGAAACUUGUGAACAUAUUUUUGCAAGCUCGAACGCUGCAGCGUGUCUCAUUCGUCAUGCAUCGCAUUUUCACUAUGGUCAGUUCCUAGACCUGCAUUUCGACCAAUGGGACAUGGAUAAAUAUUUGGAACUCAGCCGCUUUAUUUUCAAUAACUACAAACAAGCGGUUACCCUGAUUGAUGAUUUUACCAAAGAACUCGACGCCUACCGCUUAUCCUUUCCUGACCAAGCCAUGGAUUUCGAGACUUGGGUAACCGAAGAACUCGCAUAUCUGGAGUCCGUUGCAUCGGAGCCUGCACGCGACGCUCUCGCAGUCGAUUACGUUGAAGCGCUUGAGAAGCUCAACACGUACCAACAACAGUUCGACUCGUUUGGAACUGAUAAAUUUCUGACGUACUUGCCAUCAUCAUUCACACCUGACUCUGGGUUGAGUGUUGCAGCUUCUCAAUCAACUAAGCAGGCACAAGCGGCUCGGCGUGCAGUGGAACACCAUCUUCAAAUUCAAAUCAAUGUUGUUGAGGAUCUCGAGACCCGCCUCGACAUUGCUGAACGGUGGACACCUGGAUAUUCAGAUUAUCGGGAGACACUUGAAUAUAGCCGACGACGGAAAUUCAUUCGUGCGGUCGAAGAUCUUGAGGGUCUUGUCAUCCAGCACUUGUUUGAGUUGUCUAAAGCUAAUCUCUCGUCAACCGGCUAUAAACUUCGAAGACAAAUAUCUCGAGCCAUCGUCAAACGAUCGGGUGCAAUUCGUACUGCACUAGACAAGUACAACAAGCUCGCUGUCGUGCAAAAUCCACGAAGGCCAACACUACAAUAUAGUGAGAUUCUGUCUUAUGUGGCCCUUGGCGAGUUUGAUAUCCUCAAACAUUCACGACACGAUAUCCUGACCAAGCCUUGGAGCAACACCACACAUCGUCAGAUGGGUGUCAAGUACUUCAAGAUUCUCCGAGCUCGUGAGGAGAUUACUCGACUCAAUGUUGAAAUCCGCCGCUUGCACGCUUGGAUCGAUGCUGAGGAUUCUGACAUCAAACACGUGGCCACUGAGCUUGAGCUAACUAACCCUCCGCUUGCGUCAGAAAUUUGGAGGCUGUAUCAUCGGCAGCGGAGGGUCAAUGAUGUGCACCGUGUUCGUAUCAAUCGCAUAUAUUCACUUGAAGGAUUUACUGGCUGUGUUCCUUCUGAUGUGACCGCAACAGAUGACUCAUUGGACUCUGUAGAUGAAGUCUCAGUAGAGAUGAUUGAAGAUGAAUUAGAAGGAGACGAGGCGGCACGAUUUGACUUAUGUAUUCAGCAGAUGUCAUUGUAG